UAUAGUGUGUAUUGAGUAAACGCUUCUUUCUGAGUGAAUAUAAACUGAGUGUGUCUAAAUGAGAGUUCGACAGUUUCGACACUCGCUAUUGUUCAACAUUUAUCUGAUGUCAGGAGAGUCUCUCACAGAUCCUGGAACAUCUUUGUCUUUUGGGCUGGAUUUAACGGUGCAUGGUGAAUUGGGUUUGUUAGCUUCAGUCGUGCUCUGCCAAAUCUCUCAGCAUGUCGGGUGCCUACGAUGAGUCCGCCAUGUCCGACGAGACCACAGACAGCUUCUGGGAGGUUGGAAACUACAAGCGUACAGUGAAGCGCAUCGAGGACGGUCAUCGGCUCUGCAAUGACAUGAUGAGCUGCAUACAGGAACGGGCAAAGAUCGAGAAAGCUUAUAGCCAGCAGCUCAUUGACUGGUCCAAGAGAUGGAGGCAGCUUGUGGAGAGAGGGCCACAAUAUGGUACACUGGAGAGAGCUUGGUUAGCUGUGAUGACCGAAGCCGAGAAAGUGAGCGAAUUGCACCAGGAGGUGAAGAAUAAUCUGCUGAAUGAGGACUUGGAGAAGGUGAAGAACUGGCAGAAAGACGCCUACCACAAACAAAUGAUGGGCGGCUUCAAAGAAACCAAAGAAGCGGACGAGGGCUUUCGAAAAGCGCAGAAGCCUUGGGCCAAAAAACUCAAAGAGUUGGAAACGGCAAAGAAAACCUACCAUAUGGCCUGUAAGGAAGAAAAAAUUGCAUCUGCAAGGGAGGCCAACAGCAAAGGAGAAGCGUCUGUCACAACAGACCAGCAGAAGAAACUGCAGGAGAAGGUGGACAAGUGCAAAAACGACGUCCAGAAGGCCAAAGAGAAAUACGAGAAGAGCCUGGACGAGCUGAAUAAGUGCACACCACAGUACAUGGAGAACAUGGAGGUGGUGUUCGAUCAGUGCCAGCAGUUUGAGGAGAAGAGGCUGAACUUCCUUCGCGAGGUGCUUCUAGAUACCAAACGCCAUCUCAAUCUCACCGAGAGCCAAAGCUAUGCCACAGUGUACCGGGAGCUGGAGCGCACCAUCGUCUCGGCCAGCGCUCAGGAAGACCUCAAGUGGUUCAGUAGCGUCCAUGGACCCGGCAUGCACAUGAACUGGCCACAGUUUGAGGAGUUCAACCCAGACCUGAGCCACGCCAUCAGUAAGAAGGAGAAGGUGAAGAGGAACCAUGAUGGAGUCACACUCACUCAGGUCACACACGGUGCGGAGCACGGCACACCGCAGACUGGAGACCGGGGCAGUGUGAGCAGUUAUGAGAAGAACCAGCAGUAUUCUGCAGAAUGGUCUGAUGAUGAACAGCCACCCGCUGCCGCACAACCAGCCAGUGAAACAAACGGAGGAAAUCCAUUUGAAGAGGACAGUAAAGGAGUGCGAGUGAGGGCGCUGUAUGACUACGAGGGCCAAGAACAAGACGAGCUCACAUUUAAAGCAGGCGACGAGCUGACCAAACUGGAGGAUGAGGAUGAGCAGGGCUGGUGUAAAGGCCGUCUGGACAGCGGACAGCUCGGCUUAUACCCUGCAAACUACGUGGAACCCGUUUAGUUAUUUUAUUUCCCUAAGAAGGCCUUAAAGACUUUUACCCCAACACUGCUCCAGUGUAAGAUUCUGGAGCAACUCUUUCCUUGCCUGACUGACUUGCUGAGAAGCUUUAUUACGCAGCAUUUCCUUAAUACCAUAAUGAGAAAAACACACAUAUCAAGCAGGGAAUGAUUCUGUGCGUCUCUGUAGCCAUGUUCAGUAUGAAUUAUUGUGCUGCUGACAUGUUCGCGUAACAAUAUUACUGUAUUGACGUCCACCAAGCCAAGCAUAGCAAGAAUCAGCUAUGCAAUGUGUACACAAAGACUUUUAUUUUGAAAUGUGUUAAACGUAACGCUGAUAAAACUGGAUUUGGCUGAUAAGAUUGGGGCUUGUUUUAUGCUAAUUGGAUUACGAAAAGUGGGCGGUGCUAGAAUGGCUUCAUGUUAUUUAAUGGGAAGAGUUUAAAAACGAAAGGGCUUGUCGUUUAACAAGGAUAGUCUUUGUAGAGCAUUGUUAUUUUUGAACUUCUUGAUGAAUUUUGCAGAAACCAGAACAUGUGUUGAAGUAAAUGGGGUCAGAUUUAAUUUCAUUCAUUCAGAUUUUUUUUUUCAUCACAGUGCAAAUUGACGCCUCAAAACACGUUCAUUGUUACUCAUUUAAGAUGUUAAAGCCUGUGAACAAAAUGUCAAAGACUAGAAUUUUAGUGUCCAUGACUAUUAUUAUUACUAUUUUUAAAUAUAUGCUGUUUUUGAUGGCGUUUCUCUCAUAAUUUGGAGUUUAAAUCCAAAAAAUAUUGAUAAAUACUUUUGUUUAGUGCAUUUUCGGAUUAAAUUAUGAUGCUUUUUUCAUUUAUUUCUUAUGUUUUCAUGACCAUCGAACUUUCACAGUGAAGUCUGGACUUUUCCAAAUGCUUUUGGGUCUUUCUUCUGCCUUUCUGCCUGUUUAAGAAAAUGGGAAUGCCUUUUAACAUGCGAUCCAUAGCAGUGCAACGGUACUACUAAUAACCUCUGGUCAUUUCUUUUGCCAUGUAUUUUAAGACUGAAGCUUUGUUUUUGGCCUUCUGUGUCUUUAAGAGCAGGUGAGAGGAGCUGUAUAUACUGUAUACUGUAUGUUUAGACUGGACUGAUGUGCUCAUGUCAGUGUAGUAACUGUCCCAUUCAAGUUCACAAUAAAAACUCAUGAAGCUGA